AUGGGUAGUUCUUUCCGAGACCCUUUAAUUAUCAUAGGACAGUGGAUUUUCGGCUUUCCUCUACCGGGAAUACAGCUGGACAUUUAGCAGUAUCGGUUUUGAUUCCAAUUAGAUAACCUCACAGUAUGCAAUACACAAAAAGAAGCUGAAGGAUACCAUUUAUUAGAAAUAUGGAAACCAGUGAACUAGAUUUGUCUUGUGAAAACAUUGGUGUUAAUUUAAGGAAUCAUCUUGACAUCAAUAGUGAAAUGGACGAUGAAAAUAGAUUUGAAAAAUAUAUUACACCAUAUAAUGAUGGGACACCUGACAGUUUGAAUGACUCUGACACUGGAUCUGUGUUCAAUUCUCACAUACCACAAACUGGGUCUGCAGAUGCUUUAUCUACAAAAAUGACAAAUAGUCCAAUUGCUAAUCAUUUUCAGCACAGUACUAUAACUGGUACUAAAAAUAAAAAUCAGUUUUCUAGUUAUUCGAAACUUUUAUACAAUAAAAUAAGAAAGCAACCAAAAGCUGUAUCAGGGAUGUGUAAUCAGAUGACAUCUGAAUUACCUCCCUUUCCAAUAUCACUUGUUAUGACUCAUCCAACAUUUGAAUUCAUGGAAAUAAGGCUACCUUUACUACACACUUUUACAGACUCAACAAUGAGUACUACUCAUAUAGUUAUAGACGAACAUGGCCUUUUAGAAGGUCAGCAAUUCAAAUAUAAACAGCCAUUGUCUGAAAUAGAUAUUGUUAUUAGUCCAGCAAAUGAAACUUUACUUGAGGAGUUGAAACAUAGCCUUACUAGUGAGGACUUACAGCUUAAAAUAAGACAACAUUGUUAUCGCAAUGAUCUUACCGUUAAGGAAAAAGAUGAAAAUUUAUAUAAGAUGGCGGAGAAAGAGUGUUCGUUACUAUUUGCCCCUGACAAUAUUAAACAGGACAUAAUAAUUCAGAAUCAAGAUGCGGUUGACAAGUUAAUGAAAAAAAGAAGUGACUUAUGUAGGGACCAUUUUUAUAGCCUUCCUUCUGGGAAGCUUUUGAUUGGUCGAUCUUCAAGUGGUGAAUGGUUGAUUAGUUGUUCGCAGCCUAAUAAAACUGGUAAAUUCAAAGACACCAUGAUUCCAAAAUGGCCAAGAAAGGAAAAUAUACCUCAAGAAAAACUCCAUUCGGAUAGUUUACAAAAUAUUGGAAAAGAGAAGAUUAAAGCUGCAUCAAGCACUAUUAAGUCAAACUCCCCUCAAAAAGACAAAUCAUACACUUGUAUUGACAAUUUUAGUAGUAUGGCGAAAGAAAAACUUCCCUGUUAUAAGGAAUCAGUAGUGAAAGAAAGUACAGACAAGACACAGAACUAUUUACCAACAAUAGAACACGAAAACCAAACAGACAUAAUUGAUACUUCUAUUCAACCAAUACCAGUAAUGAUGGUAUGUAAGGAAGGAGAGUCAUUGAAAGUUAUACAGGUACCAGUUAAAACAGAAAACCAGCUACAUGUAGUGGAGGAAAAUACCAGUUUCCACUCAAAUACAUGCGAAAGUAUUGAUAGUGAAGGUACAAUUAAAGUGAAAGUAGAAUCAGUUGAUACAGAUUAUGAUACAGGUCAGACAUGUGGUAAAGAAAUACUAGCUGAGAAUUCUCCACUGAUUGUUAGAUUUCCCAAUUUGAAACAGUUUAGCAACAUUGAAAUUAAACAAACAUCAAGCAGCCCAGAAUCUAAAGUUGGCAACAAAAGAAAAUUAACAGAAGAUGACUAUCAAUAUAGCAAGAAAUGUAAUUCAGUAAGCAUGAUUCCUUUACAAACAGAUCUGGUUACCAAAAACAGUUUCCACACAGAAGAAAAAGUUUCUACUAGUCUGUUAGAGGACAAAUACUCUCAGACUGGUUCUAGAGCAGAGGAGGAUUCAGAGACCAGUAGAAGUGGACAGGAAUACUCUGGUAUUAGAUUUCCUGUAACGAAGGACGGAGACAUAGAUAGAGCUACAAAGAGACAAACAAGAUGGGGAGUUCGUAUGUUCAAGGAAUGGUUGAAACAAAAAGAAUUUGAUCCAAACUUUGAAGAAUUAUCCAUUAAAAUUCUUGAUGAGAGACUUGAAAAAUUUUAUGCUGAAUUAAGAACAGCUGAUGGUAGAUUAUAUUCAACAAAUUCAUUCGGAGGCAUCAGAUCUUCUAUUAACCGUCAUCUGACUUCUGACCCUUAUAAUAGGCAAUUAUCCCUAUUCACCGACACAGCCUUUCAUAAAUCAAACAAGGUCUUCAAAGCUAUAAUGCUAAGAUAAAGCUAAGAUAAAAAUGAAUGAAGAAAGACAAACCACCUCAAAUUUCAGGAGAGGACAUGACCAAAUUAACGAGAUCACCAGUUUUAACUACAUGUAUUGAUAAACACCCCAAAAGGAUUGCAGAACAAAGUGUGGCUUGAUUUGACCCUUAAUUUUAGUUACAAAAAUUGUCUAAAACAACGUGAUUAUAGAACUCGUAUGUUUGUUUUUAAGACUGAUGAUGACGGUAUGGAAUAUGUAGAGAUAAAGGAUCCUAAUAGACAACCUGGUGAAAUCAGUCCAAAAAUGGUUGCAACUAGAGACAUACAUUGUCCAGUUGCCUCAUUGAUGAAAUAUUUAACUAAGCGUAACAAAGCUUCCGAAGACUUCUUCCAACAACCUAGGUGUCAGAAAUCUAUGACUGAUGACAGUUGGUACACAUCACGUCCCUUAGGGGAAAGACAACUUGUUUAUUCUAAUGUUGUGUUAAGGAAAACUAUACUAAAUUCUGUAUAGAGAAUAGAGUGAGUGGUGUACUGAAAUUUGGAAGUCUCUAAACUGUUGAUUCCAAUGGGUUUUAGCGCUCUGAGUUGGAGGAUCCAAUAAUCCUCUCUUUUGCUCCUAAGGACGUCUGACGUGUUGUCAUUAGGAUCGUUCCAGAGGACUUCUAUGAUUUCGAAAGACAUAUGGUGGAUGUUGUGUCCUGUCUGGUUGAAAUGUUUACCAGUAGGUUCCGUUGACUUAUUUUUGACAUAUCGGAGAUGUUCGCCGAGUCGAGCUUUGAAAGGACGUUUGCUUUUGACAAUAUAUUGUUGUUUGCAAGACUUGCAUGUAAUCAUGUAAAUGAUAUUUGAUGUGUUGCAGUCACCAAUACAGUUUUUUCUAUAUUUGCGUUCUGUGAAUGUGCUUGUGAAAGACCUUCGGAAAUUGAUCCAAGGGCAAUAGCUACAUUCUUCGUUGCUGCAUUUGGUCAAUUUAUUUAGUGUACUAGUACCAGAUGUCCCCGGUGUGAUUGGCGGAUAUUGGAAAGCCGCUCUAACUAGAAUGUCUUUGAGGUUUUUAUUUCUUUUGUAGGCAAAGAGCGGUUGUUCACUAAAAAUCUGUUUGGUUGUUUCUUUUAUAUGCAACAAUGGCCAAGUAGUGUCAAUAAUCUCUCUUAGAUUAGGACUGGCUUUUGUAUAGCUCAACACUAGAGGUAUUCUUGUCAUUUUUUUGGUGUCUUUUUUGA